AACAAAAGACGACGACGUACAAAUCUUGCCAGAGAUCCACGUCUCCAUCUGACCAUCCACGCGUCCUCAUUUAUGAUUUGCCAAUUUUGUGCCCACUCUCAACUGGACACGUAGCGGCAGUAACACAGACAACAGGAGAAUAAAGAAUGAGUUGUGCUGUUUACGGUACAAGGAGAGCGUGGAGAUGGAAAGUCUCUGGACUGUUGAAACCAAACUAGGAAUGAACCACGUAUGCCCUUUCUCGAACCUACCAAAAAGUUUUUUUUUUUUUUCCCUUCAACGUUUGAUUCCCUAGGAACAAGGACACGUGUCUGCUUCUUUCGGCAGUGCUAGAAACGUUUCAGCAGAUGAUUGGGUGCUGGUAGAGCCCACCUCGACUCGACAUAUCAAUGAGCAGGGAGCGUAAACACUUUUUGAAUGGGCCCACGUGAAAAAAAUUGGACCAAUCAGAAUUCACCACUGUUCAAGUGUUGCCCUAGACACGUGUUGCUUUUACACCCGAUGACCUGUUGCUGCUGUUUUGAUUAACGCCUGAACCGUCUCGAAGAGAGAAAGAAAAGUAAAAGAAAGAGAAAGAGAGCGUGAAGAAGAGGAAGUUGGUAGCCUUGGUGGAGGAGGAGGAGAAGAUCAUGCAGGGAAAAGCUAAGGAGAGUUGGUGCAUGAUAAGAUGCGCAGCUGUUGCGCAGAAUAAUAACGAGGUAAUCAAUCGGACAACGCUCAGAUUCCGGCCGAUAGCACCGAAGCCAGCCUCCAACGACACCGUUUCAGGUUUCUUAGGGGUGUAUAACAAGAACUUGCUGCUAAGUAGCAAAAGAUCUAAAAGAAAGUAUGUUAGGGUUCGCAAGAAUAAUGGAUACAAGAGAAAGAAUCAAAUCUCUCCGCAUGAAGAAGGAGAAGAUGGUGUAAACAAGACAGUUGUCACUCUACAGUUUUUUCCUGAAAAAACUGAUUCGAAGAAUUCAGAUUCAAACUCCAAAAUCCAAGAUCCGUUAUGCAAUAUUAUUAAUGAUAGAAACAAUCUUAAUCCCGUGGUUGCUUCAAAGGGUCGUGAUGCAGUAGAAUUUUAUCAACCAGAGCUAAAUCAUCGUAUUAAAGAAAAGGAGUUUGAAUUCGGAGUUUCAGAUCAGACAACGGUGGUGGAGUCGUGGGUGACGGUGGAGAGCAUGAAGGAGACAUGCAUGGAGGGGAGAGGAUUACUGGGGAGUACGGACGUAGAGAGAAUGAAUAAUCUAGAGAGCGACACGUGUCCAGGGUUUAUAUCAGACGGUUUAAACAGGGUUCAGUGGGUUAACGGAGCGUACAGAAGGAUGGUGAUGGGAUAUAAGGAAGGAGACGAGUCACAAAUAAUGGUGGGUUUGAUAAUGAAAGAACAGUUUCCGGUGUGUGUUUACUCGUCGUUUACGACAAUGGUAAGAGUGCAGUACACGUGGAAGAAGGAAAAGUACUCAAAAAUGGUUCCAUGUGAUGUGUACAGAAUGGACUGCGGAGGCUUUGCAUGGAGGCUGGACGUUGAAGCCGCCCUUAGUCUGGGUCGUUAAUGAAGAAGAUGAUGAACAAAAUCAACAUCAAGGACUGGAAUAACCAGAGAAGUGGCAAGCUGGUAUUUGCUGCCAAAUGAAAGGGAAAACAAAAACAUAAAGAAAGUGAAAAGAGGGAAGCAGACGAUGGGAAGGGGGGUUGGGGGUGGGGGAAUAAGAAGAAAGGACAGGUGGAGGGUGGUGUGCUAUCUUAGUACCAUAAGUCUACGUUUAAACUUAAAAAGAAUCAACUUUCACGUUGAUCGGGAUUUAAAUAGUGUAACGAAGUAAAAGUGUCAAAUCAGAAACAUUUGUAAUUGUAAGUGUGUGGUAAAGAAGAUAGGUCUUUUGGGUCAA